AUGUUGGCCAUAUCUCGACGUUCAGUCAUUCUUCAAAGCGCAGUUUGCUCUUAUAGAAUACUGCCUAUUUUCAUAAGAAAAUAUGCUGGUACUCCAAAUAAUCAGAAUCAAAAUACGCAACUGGAUAUCGCAAGUCAAGAGCUGGAAGGUUCAAAGAAGUUGCAUUCUAUAUUCCAGAAGGCUAAAGAUGUUAUAAAUCAGCAAAUACCCACCACGAACUCGGUCAAAGGUGAACUGAGUAAACCUGCUAAUGGUAACCAGAAGACAGUGACUGGCGUAUCAGACACUUCUAACAAAUCUCAAGUUGAGAAGAAGCUGGACCAGAAGGGGAGAGAUAAAGAUAAGAAGACCGUUUCCCAAAAAGACAACAUCAAGGAUACAGGCGACCUGAAUCAAGGUAUGGAUUCAAAAGUUGAAGGAAUAUUCGCAAAAGCACAAAAGAAGGCCAACCGCCCGACAUCGACCAGCACGAAAUCGAAUGGCGGACGUUCUCAUAGGGCAGGACACGUAGAAACACGGAAUGCAACUAUGGGUACAUCUAAAUCAGGUAAGAAAUUUGUGGUUUCGCGGAUGGCGGUGAAGGAGAUACCCAACAGGGAAACGAAGGAACAACCAAAGAACAAUCAGACGUCUCAAAACAAACCAAACAAUAAGAAUAAUAAUUCAAAUAAGGGCCCGGUUGAAGAAAAAUCAAACAAGAAGAAGCAAUCGGGAACUUUGGCAGAGGCAUUAGAUAAGCAAGUCAACAAAAUUCUUGCAGAGAAGCAAGCUAGAGCUGCAAAUGCGAAAAAUGCUAAAUCAAAUUCAAAUACCAGUGGACUCUUCAAAAACAAAAAGGAGCCAGAGUCAAAGGAAAAUGAGGCAGUUGAAACUUCAACCCUAUCCCGAGACCAAUUAACGGCUACCUCCAAAGGAGAAAAUGUGCAUAGCUAUUGGACUGCUGACGCCCUAAGUACCGAAAUCACACAAUGUGUUCCACCUGAUCCUAAAAAGAUCCCAGUAUUGGCUCAUAAUCUUGAUCGAGUCUUGUUUUCUCCGGGGGUACAUUUCCUUCAGGAUCCAAGAACAAGAGUAUAUAAUUUCGAUCCAUUUUUGAAGAAAGUUAUAAGUCAUAAGGAUUUUAAUUUUGAUACAAUUGAAACUUUCCAAAGAGUGUCUAAAGAUACAACAUUAUUGGAAAAGGCUAAAGAAUUUUCCAAAGUCUUUUAUUCAUCUACAUCGUCAAUGACCGGGGUUCUUACGAAAUUCUAUUUGUUAUUAAAUAAUUAUAGUCCUGCCCUUGUGUCGAGAUUUGGAGAUGUUCCAUUUUCAGGUAUGUCAUUCCUGUCACCUUCUAGUGUAUUUGUCAGAGGACAAGGAGUUAAUGAUGAAGGUGAAACUAUUUAUUCUAUAGAGUCGGAUAAAUCCUGUGAUACCGAAAUUUUAUUAAGUGCUAUGGGGAAUUGUUUAGAAGUGUUAUUGACUAAUCCUGAAGAUGAGUUUGUUAAAUAUCGUAAAGAUAGUGGUAUUAAAGAUACUAAAGCGCCUCCAAAUCAAUAUAAUUAUGCUGGAUAUAACGGAUUUUUAUUGAGAUCACAAUUGGAUUGUUAUGAUGAAAGAUUACCCGGUAAUGGUACAUUUGAUUUAAAGACCCGUGCAUCAUUGUCUAUUAGACAUGAUCAACAGAAUCCUAAAUUGGAACAAAAUACUUAUCAAGUUUGGAAAUUAAAGGGAGAAUAUGAAUCGUUUGCAAGAGAACGUGAAGAUUUGAUUAGGACUGGUGCAAUGAUGAAAUAUAUGUUCCAAGCCAGAAUUGGUCAGAUGGAUGGUAUUUUUAUUGCAUAUCAUAAUAUUAAUAGUAUGUUUGGAUUUGAAUAUAUACCAUUAUCUGAGCUUGAUGAAAUUUUCUAUUCAAAUAAGAUCGCGUCAGACAAUGCAGCCCCUAAUGUGAGUACAAGCCUUCUUCCUGAACAUACGGCUUCAUUUGUUGCUGAAUCUCAAUUUAAGUUUUCAUUAGAGAUUUGGGAAACAUUAUUAAGAGAUAAUAUUCUUCAACAAUUGAAAAAGGAUGAAAAGGGUGCAUUUAGAUUAACAUUCCAAAAGAUGAAUCAAGGCGGUAGGACAAAACUUCGAGCCUUUGUUCUUCCAGUAACAGACGAGGAAGUUUUAAAACUUCAAGAAUUCCCCGAUCAAUAUGAUACUAGAUUUGAUAUGGCACCUUCCAAGAAAUUGGCUAAUAUGCGUAGACAUGGUGAGCAAUUGAAACGUUAUAACGAAAAAUUACUUGAAUCAAAGAAACAGAGUCUUAAAGUAUUCGAUAUUGAAAUCGUUGGAGCUGAAAUUGGUAAAGAUAUAAAACGAGUCUAUCAAUCAUUACCUCACAAAGAAAGCCCAUGGGCAAUGUGUUAUAAAAUUACUAGAUUAGAUGCAGAUAAUGAGAUGGUACGUAUGUAUUCGAGAUUAGUUGAAAUGGGUCCUGAUUCGUUGAAAUUUGCUGGAACUUCAAAUCCUCUAAGUCCAAAAGAACAGAAUCGUAAAUAUUAUACAAGAUUGGGUGCAACUAGAACUAGACAUUGGGGUCAUUUGGAGAAACAAAAGGGAGUAAUUAUUUAUAAACCCAAGUACUAA